GAGCCUCCACGUCUGAGCACGAGCGGGCCUGCAGCCAAUCAGGAGCGGCCACAGCUGUGUUUGGAAACAACAUUCCUGCUCGCGAAAGUCGCGAGCCUGAUAUGUGUGUGUGUGUGUGUGUGAGUGUGUGUGUGUGUGUCACUCCUCUCCUGUAUCACUCUCAGUGAGCUGUAUCACCCCGCGAUAGUGACACAGAAAGAAAAUGGAUGUAGGAGAAUCUGAAGAGAAGACGAUAACUCUGCUCAUAAAAACACCGAACCAGGCUCAUGAGGACCGAACCGUCGAAGGAGUCCGCCUCGACUGGACCGUGAAGGACCUGAAGACGCAUCUGUCCACCGUCUACCCGACCGGACCGGCUGUGAGCGAGCAGAGACUGAUCUACGCCGGUAAACUUCUGCCCGACCAUCUGCACGUUAAAGAUCUCUUCCGACAGACUGACUCCAUUCCCACGCUGCACCUUGUCUGCGUUUUGAAGUAUCAACCCCAAGGACAACUGGGAGCUCGACCCAAGACCAAAGUGACAGAACAGCCACAUCCUUCCUCCUCCUCCUCCUCCACAGUCCAGACUCCCAGCACACCAGAGCUGAGGCAGAGGAGGCCGACCUCUCCAACUCCGACUGUAGAUGCUGCUGCUGCCCCGGCGCCUCCAUCGGGAUCUCCUUCGUGGCCUGCGGCUGUGACGCCUGGAGCGCCACAGAUGACCCCGCCAGCCUUUCCCACCUACUCCCUGUACAGCCCUCAGCAGUUACUGUGGCUCCAGCAUGUCUACGCCCGACAGUAUUACAUGCAGUACCACGCAGCGUUGGCGGCAGCAGGCACCGCCCCCUCUCCACCAGCUACGACCAUCGGCCAGUACCCGCCCGUUCCCGCCCACCAAGUACCCGUCCCGGCCCCCUUGGCCAAUCAGAACCCCAUCGACAACCUGCCGGUGAAUCAGAACCCGGCGCAGGACGGCGCUUUCAUCAACCCCGGCGGCGCCAACCAGAACAUGCGGAUGAACGCUCAGGGCGGGCCGGUGAUGGAGGACGAGGAGGAGCUGGAGCGCGACUGGCUGGACUGGUUGUACUCGGCCGCGAGAUUCGGCGUCCUGCUCAUGAUCGUGUACUUCAACUCCAACCUGAGUCGCUUCCUGCUGGUGAUGAGCACGCUCCUCCUCAUGUACCUACACACCGCUGGCUGGUUUCCCUUCAGAAGACGAGUCCAGGUCCAAGAACCAAACCAUCUGCAGCGCCCUGAGGUCCAGCAGAACGAGAACAGGAACCCGAAUCCAGCUGACGAUCUCGCAGACAGACAAGGGGAGGAACCUGCUGCUGCUCCGGCGGACGGACCGGACGCGAUGACGGCGGUUUUAGUGCCUCCUCACAGGGUGUCCGUCAUGUGGACGGCCUGGGUUUUCUUCAAAACGUUCUUCUCGUCCCUCAUACCAGAGGCUCCUCAAGGCGUGGCCAACUGACCUCCUCGGACAAGAUAGAGACUUUAUUUUUUUUGUGGGUGGGGAGCAAUAAUCUCUGGAGAUGGUGGAAGAUUAUCGGAGCUGUCAGCUCAAGAACGAAUAGAGACGAGGGCAUUGUGCGGAUCAACAAUGACUCAAACCUUCCCGUUUAGAAACACCAGCAAACUGACACAGUGCUUUGAUUCCCAAAGGACACAGAGGACCUGAAACAUUUUUAACAAUAAGACCAAACAUCUGCUGUCUGACUGAUUUUUCCUUCUACAGCCGCCUGGAUUGCUUCGUUAUCCGUGAAACAACAGCUGAGGGUAAAACACGAAAGGAGUUUUCACGAUGAAGAAAGAACAAUGAAGAAGUAAAAAUCCACGCAGACAGAACCUUCAUGUUCGACAGACUUAGCUUCUUCCUAUGGAAGCAUAGAAAGGCCAAAAUGAUUAAUGACAAAGAAAAAAAUAUGAUUUUAGGUGUUUUAAAAAGAAAGUUUUAGUAUUCACAAACUAUCUACAAGCUGGUCGUUAGUUGUUUUUUUGAAAAUCAAGAGUCAAAAAUAUCAAACAAAUUUAAAAAGAUCAUUUUGGCCUUUUUUGGCCACCAUACAGUCACUGAGAAGUGAAUAUUUAACUGACAAACAAAAUAUGAACAAAAACCAAGAUUCACAAAAUUUAAAAAUAACCAUCUCAUGUUUUUUUUUUGUUUUAUUAUUGUUUUUAUUUUAGCUGGUUCUGUUUUGGGUGGAUUUUUCUGGUGAUUGUGACCAAAUACAAAAUUUUGAAAUUUGCUUCUUUCUGCCAAAUCGUUUCAUUCUCUGUAAAAUAAUAAUAAUGAUAAUAAUGAUAAUAAUAAUGUUGCCAUGGUAAAUAAAGUUUAAAAAAAUAUAUAAAAAUCAAAUAUUUUGUAUAUAUAAUAUAGUAUAUGUACACGAAGCACUUUACAACAUGUAUGUUAUGCAAACGUCAAAAAGAGGAGGAAGAAGAAGAUUUGAAAUAUAAAUAUGAAGUGUGAGUUUCAGGUAAAAUCCCAUUUAAACAAAAUAAACGUUUUAAUUUUCUCUCACAUUGAUUGACAAACCUUCGCCGUCACGUAUCGGAUACGUAAACGACUUUGUGUUGAUGCAGGUACUGGUCAUUAAAGCUUUGUUAAAUGCUGUUAUGUGACCUGAGUCUGUUGUUUCGCUUCUAUUAACUGAUUGUAUUCAGUAUGCAUGUUGUUUUAUGGAUCUAUAAUAUGGAAUAGGUGGAUUUUUACUAUAUUAAUGUCACUGUAAAACGGGGGUGCAUUCCAUUUUUAAUAGAAUAAAAAAGGUCCAGGGUGUAACAUUUAAGGGGAUCUGCUGGCAGAGAUGGAAUACGAUGAUUAUAACUAUGUUUUCCAUUAGUGUAUGAUCACCUAAAUAUAAGAAUCAGUAUGUUUAUGAGUCUUUGCUUUGGCAUUUUCUGUUUUCCCUACGUGCUACGUUGUGUUCAGUUGGUUGCAUUCUGUAACUUCACCACCAGAGGCCACUAAAUCUUACACACUGCACCUUUAAGUAAGUGGUUCUCUUUAAUGACGGUAGACGACCGCGUAUAAUUGGAAAAACCUUUUAACGUUUAAGUUUUUGUUGUUUGUCGCUUCUUGGUUGUAUGACGCGUGUGUUUAAGGAGACUCGCAAUAAUGGAUGCAAUAAAUGUUCUUGACUUUAA